UCUUCUUCCUCUUCUUCUUCUUCUUCUUCUUCUUCUUCUUCUUCUUCCUCCUUACCUUUCAAUUUGAUUAUUGAAAAGACUGAUCCUUCCUUGGUGAUUAGUGCCAACGAGAAACAUGGUGGGAUUGACAAGGCAAAAAGUACGUUAUUUUCUCGUCUCCUUCAAUUAAGAAAUGAAAUCUUCAGAUAUUGGCGCACUCCCUGCCAUACUUUUUUCCGGAAAGUACCAGCUUUGACCUGAACUUACACACCUGUAGGUGCCGGAGAGAUUUCAAGUCCACCAAAUUUGCUUUCCUGGAACUCCUUGGUUUAAGGAUAAAGAGGAGCUUUUGCUGAUAGAACCAGAACAAAGAUGAGCUGCUCUCGUGGAUGAAAUUUGAAUCAAAAUUCUUAAUGGCGCUUGAUUUACAUUCUCACCAUGGUGCUGCAAAGCGACUAUUCAUGCAUCACUGUCGGCUUUCUGCUAUCAGGUAUUUCUCAUCUUGGCGAAUGAAGAGUGUCAACGAUAAUAGCCAUGAACAAGGGUUGAACCGCAGUGAUAAACAGAAAUCAUCCACCAAAACCAAAACAGCUAAAUCCAUGGCACGUCUAAUCAAUUCAAAACCUUGGUCAACUGAUCUUGAGUCUUCUCUAUCUUCUCUAUCUCCUUGUUUAUCAAAAACUGCUGUCCUUCAAACUCUUAGUCUCGUAAAAACUUCAUCUAAGGCUGUCCGAUUCUUCAAUUGGGUUGAAAACAUGGGCUUCUCUCACAACUCCCAAUCUUUUUUCUUGAUGCUUGAAAUAUUGGGACGAGAGCGGAAUCUCAAUGCAGCUCGUAACUUCUUGCUCUCUAUUGAGAGAAGGUCUAAUGGGUCUGUUAAGCUUGAGGACCGCUUUUUUAAUAGCUUGAUUAGAAGUUACAGCAAGGCUGGGUUGUAUCAAGAGUCUGUUAAGGUUUUUGAGAUGAUGAAAAGCAUUGGUGUGUCUCCUUCUGUUGUUACAUUCAACAAUCUCCUACAGAUUUUGCUUAAACGAGGACGCACUAAUAUGGCAAGGAGUGUGUUUGAUGAAAUGCUAAGCACAUAUGGGGUUACCCCAGAUGUUUACACCUUUAACAUUUUGAUUAGGGGUUUUUGCAUGAAUUCCUUGGUGGAUGAGGGGUUUAGGUUUUUCAAGGAAAUGGAGCGGUUUAGAUGUGACCCUGAUGUUGUUUCAUAUAAUACACUUGUGGAUGGCUUAUGCAGGGAGGGAAAGGUUAAGAUUGCUCAUAAUGUGGUGAAGGGUAUGAACAAAAAGAGCUUGCAUUUGAAUCCCAAUGUUGUUACUUAUACGACUUUGGUUAGAGGAUAUUGCAUGAAAAGAGAAGUUGAAGAUGCAUUGGCAGUUUAUAGAGAGAUGGUUAGUCAAGGAUUAAAACCAAAUAGGAUUACAUAUAACACUCUAAUAAAGGGACUUUGUGAGGUACAAAAGUACGAUAAGAUAAAAGAAAUAAUGGGGGGAGCCAAAGAAUAUGGAGGUUUUAUUCCAGAUACAUGUACUUUUAACACAUUGAUAAAUGCACAUUUCGAUGCAGGAAACUUGGGUGAAGCAUUAAAAGUGUUUAAGAGUAUGUCAGGUUUCCAUGUCCAGCCAGAUUCAGCUACAUAUAGCAUUCUUAUCAGGAAUUUGUGUCAACAAGGGGACUUUGAAAGGGCAGAGGAAUUAUUUGAUGAGCUAGCAGAUAAGGAAAUAUUGUUAGGUGAUGCUGGUUGUGUACCCCUUGUUGCAGCAUACAAUCCCAUGUUUGAGUAUUUGUGCAGAAAUGGGAAAACUAAGAAGGCUGAGAGAGUCUUCAGGCAGCUAAUGAAGAGGGGAAUACAAGACCCUCCUUCUUACAAGACUUUAAUCAUGGGACACUGUAGGGAAGGUACAUUUGCAGCUGGAUAUGAGCUCCUUGUCUUGAUGUUGAGAAGAGAUUUUUGCCCUGACUUUGAGACCUAUGACUUGUUAAUUAAUGGUCUAUUGGAGAACAAUGAAGCUCUUCUUGCACAGGAGACCCUAGAGAAGAUGCUGAAAAGCUCCCAUCUACCUAAAUCAUCUACUUUUCAUUCUAUUCUUUCUGAGCUUCUGAAAAUGAGUUUCGCCCAUGAAUCUGCCAAGUUGAUAAUGUUAAUGUUGGAGAGAAGAAUAAGGCAGAACAGCGCUCUAUCAACACAUGCUGUAAAGUUGUUGUUUGAUAGGCGGUUGCGGGAUAAAGCUAUACAAAUUGUUGAGAUACUUUAUGACAAUGGUUUUGUUGUUGAGAUGGAACAAUUAAUUUGUUACCUCUGCCAGGAUAGAAAGAUGUUGGAAGCAUACAAAAUGUUGAUGUUUUGUUUGGAAAAGAAUCUAACCGUUAAUACUGAAAUGUGCAGCACAGUUAUUGAAAGCCUUUGCAAAAGCAAGAAACUUUCAGAAGCAUUUGGUUUGUAUUAUGAACUAGCCGAGAGAGGAAAACAUCAAGAGUUGAGAUGCCUUGAUAAUUUCAGAAUUGCCUUAGAGGCAGAUGGGAGGUCAAAUGAAGCUGAGUUUGUGGGUAAGAGGAUGCUGCAGUCAGGAAGAUUUUCUCCAACAUUCAGCUCCAGGACACAAGAACAUUAGAACUUGUAGUCAUUGUGCUUUUGUUAUUUUGUAAAUGUGAAUUUUAAAAUUUAAAUGAAACAACAAAAGUUGAGGCAAUUCUUUUGAUGUUUGUGUCAUGUUUGAUGAUUGUUGAUUUCAAGGUUAGUCUUCGUUGGUGAUAAUGUACCAAAGGAAAGAGCUGUCAAGGCAUUGGAAGCUGCAGAGGAUGUGAUGCCUUCCUUGUACUUGGAUCAUCUGUCAUGACCAUUCCACUUCUAUCUAUCGCGCCCUUGUCAGGUAUAU